AUGACGAAAACCAGAAAACCUCUUAUUAUCAAUGCCUUUGACAUGGGAACUAGCGGGCUCCAAUCCCCUGGGUUGUGGAAGCACCCAGAUGAUCAAUCGGCCAAAAAAGAUUUGGACUACUGGAUCAAUUUGGCAAAGCUUUUAGAAAAAGGAAAAUUCAACUCUGUCUUCCUUGCAGACGUAUUGGGUGGUUAUGAUGUUUACAAUGGCCCCAGAAACCUUAAGGCCGCGAUCAAUUCAGGUGCUCAAUGGCCCGUUUAUGAGCCUAGUUUGUUUGUUCCAGUAAUGGCAGCAGUAACUAAGAACUUGACUUUUGGGGUAACCUUUAGCACAGUUAGUGAAGCUCCAUACCAUUUUACAAGACGAUUAGCCACUUUGGAUCAAUUGACCAAUGGGAGAGUGGGCUGGAAUGUUGUAUCUUCUUACUUGGAUAGUGCUUCCAGAAAUACUUUAAACGGGGCAGAUUUACCUGCUCAUGCUGAAAGGUAUGAAAGAGCCGAAGAAUACCUUCAAGUUGUGUACAAAUUGUUCUUAUCGUCUUGGAGUGAUGAUGCUGUUAAGCUUGAUAAGGAACUGGGAAUCUUUACGGAUCACGAGAAAGUUAGAGAAAUCAACCACGAAGGAAAGUUUUUCAAAGUGCCAGGGCCAAAUAUUGUUUCCCCUACUCCACAGAGAUUGCCUGUCAUAUUACAAGCAGGCUCUUCACCUUCUGGAAAGGAUUUUGCCGCAAGAAACGCAGAGAUUGUGUUCCUCACAACCUUUACACCUGAAAGCUUAGCCGGAAAGAUUGAGGAGAUAAAGAAAAUUGCCAAAGAGAAAUAUGGAAGAGAAGAAGGUUCAAUCAAGUUUCUUCAGUUGGUGACCACAGUAAUUGGCAAGACUCAUGAAGAAGCGGCAGAAAAAUACAGACACUUUAAGAGUUUUGGUGAUAAAGAAGGUGCCCUGGCUUUAUUCAGUGGUUGGACUGGUAUCAACAUUGGACAGUUCGAUCCAGAUCAAGAAUUACGUGAUGUCGGAAGUAAUGCAAUCCGUGGAGUAGUUGAAAACUGGACUAAAGAAGCACCAGGUGAUCCACCUAACUUAAAGAAAACCAGAAACUACGUUGCUGACCAAAUUACGGUCGGUGGUCUUGGGCCCGUCCUAUACGGAACCAAGGAAGAAGUAGCAGAUGAGAUUGAAAGAUGGGUUGAUGUUUCACAAGUGGAUGGAUUCAAUUUCACAUAUGCUAUCACUCCCGGAACCUUUGAGGAAUUGGUAAAUGAACUUAUCCCAGAAUUGAGAAAGAGAGGAUUGGCUUGGGAAGAUUACCCUGAGGAGGGUCUCACUUUCAGAGAGCAAGUUUUUGGAACUGAGGGCGAAGACCCUUCAUUUGUUGAUCCAACCCACCCAGCGUACAAACUAAGAUGGAGAGCAGGGGUAUCUAAAGAAGAUUUCGAAGCUAGUUUAAAUGAGACUACAACUUAG